GUUGAGAUUUCGUCGCGGCCUCGGGCCUGGCGGCGUUUUAAACGCCCCCACACGGCUCCUCGGGGGCGACACCUGUCCACCCAUUCCCCCCCUCGCCUCGCCGCCGCGGUCUUGACCUCCCGCACCCGCGGCCAGACACCAACGCGCGUCGUCCACCUCGCGUCCUCGCCUCUCAGGUCCCCCCCCCCACCAAAUUCCUCUUGAUCCGCGGAAUUUCCCUUGCUAAUUCUGGUAUAUCCUGUCGCUAAGCCACUCUGCUCCGCCUAUCCCCUGCUCUCAGCUCACCUGAUUGGCGGCUCCGUUCGGUAUCUUGGCGUGCGCGUGCGGCGUGCCUGUGAGGGCUCUUUCGAAGCGUCGGUUGAGGUGGGCGACGCGAAUCAGGGAUGAAUUUCCCGGGAGGAAGCGGGAGGCGGCAGCAGCAGGAGCCGGAGCACCUGCCGCCGAUGACGCCGCUCCCGCUGGCGCGGCAGGGGUCGGUGUACUCGCUCACGUUCGACGAGUUCCAGAGCUCGCUCGGCGGGGCCGCCAAGGACUUCGGGUCCAUGAACAUGGACGAGCUCCUCCGCAGCAUCUGGUCCGCGGAGGAGAUACACAACGUCGCGGCCGCCAACGCGUCGGCGGCGGACCACGCCCACGCCGCGCGGGCGUCGUCCAUCCAGCGCCAGGGCUCGCUCACCCUCCCCCGCACGCUCAGCCAGAAGACCGUCGACGAGGUCUGGCGGGACCUCGUGUGCGUCGGCGGCGGACCCUCCGCCGAGGCUGCGGCGCCGCCCCCGCCGGCCCAGCGGCAGCCCACGCUCGGGGAGAUCACGCUGGAGGAGUUCCUCGUCCGUGCCGGCGUGGUGAGGGAGGACAUGACCGCGCCGCCGCCCGUACUGCCGGCGCCGGUGUGCCCGCCACCUCCUCCGCAGCAGACAAUGCUGUUUCCCCAUGGCGAUGUGUUUGCUCCCUUGGUGCCUCCGCUGCAAUUCGGGAAUGGGUUGGUGUCGGGGGCUGUCGGUCAGCAGCAGGGAGGUGGUCCUGCGGCCCCGGCGGUAUCGCCGCGGCCGGUGACGGCAAGCGGGUUCGGGAAGAUGGAAGGAGACGACUUGUCGUCUCUGUCGCCAUCACCGGUUCCGUACGUUUUCGGUGGUGGUUUGAGAGCAAGGAAGCCACCAGCUAUGGAGAAGGUGGUUGAGAGGAGGCAGCGCCGGAUGAUCAAGAACCGGGAGUCCGCCGCGAGGUCGCGUCAAAGGAAACAGGCAUAUAUGAUGGAGCUGGAAGCUGAGGUGGCAAAACUUAAAGAGAUGAACGAUGAAUUGCAGAAGAAGCAGGUCGAAAUGUUGGAGAAGCAAAAGAAUGAGGUCCUGGAGAGAAUGAGACGACAAGUUGGACCCACCGCAAAGAGAAUUUGUCUGCGGAGGACAUUGACAGGUCCGUGGUAAAGCUAUAGACAUGUACGGCUGUACCUAGCAGCAUCACUCUUGAAGGAGUGUACAUAGUAGGUGAACAUGAGCAUACAAUGGCCAGAGUUGACACAGCCAUUAAUACAGAGCUUCAGUCUCGUAGGCGGAUAGAUUGCCUGUGAUUUUCACUUCAUAGGUUUUGGCCAUUCGCAAAAGAAAGGUUCAGGUGAAUAGAGGAGUUUGUAUGUAGAUUCAGUCGGGUCAGUUUAUUGACCCAGGUAUAGAGUGCUUAUACUCCAUACUGCUUCUUCAGGCUUUUCUGGUUUGGUGUGAUACUAUAUGACUGUAUCAUUAUCCUUGUGCUUUGUAAAACCAAUUUGUUUAUGAUGUAGACUUUAGAACUGCAGAUGUUCGCUGUGCCCAAACUUAUAGACAUUGGUCAAGAAAGGAGUAUGUUGUUGUAUGUUC